UCUGAAACCACCGAGGGGAUUAAACAUCACCGUCGCUGCUAUGUCCAUGAAGGAACCUUUGAUUUUGCUUAAAAAAUUGGAUUUUAGGUCUCCACAUUCAUUGGUGAUGUUCACAAGAGCGGUUUCUCCGGUGAAAUUGGAGUCGCGUCUUCUGCAGCUCCCGCUAGAGCUUAGGAGGCAUAUAUAUUCGUACAUUCUGCCAUAUACUAUCAGGCUGAAAAAGCAGCAGGACCCUGUCUCGCUGCAUGCCACCGUAUUGUGGCUUCGACGCUCCACAACCAUUUUGCGGGUCUGUCGUCAAGUCCACGACGAGUGCGCCGACGUGCUUUACGGUACCAAUGUGUUCGUCAUAGACAUCACAUUUUCCGUGGUUAAGUUUCACAUGACCUGGCUCACGGCCAAAGGUCUCAAGCCCAAGAUCUUGCAUGACUUUCCACAUAUCUUUGCCAGACACAAUGUUCAACGAAUUCGAAAUUAUGUCUUGAGAGUCGAGCACAUUGAUCCGUACCAGGGCUGGAUUAAGUACAACUGCCAGGGUCCGAUGUUGACAGCAGGUAUCAAAGACAAAGUGAUGCAGUUUGUACGAGCAAUCUCUGUGGCGGAUCUAGGUAGUUUGUCUGUACAGCUGAUGGACGGUAAUCCAAUUCUGAAAGACCUCAGAAGAGGAACAACGGCGCAGCGAGUGGAACGAGGCAAAAAUGUCGCUUCGAUGCAAGAGGUCCUGGAACCUUUGAUGCUACUGCACGCAAGUUUUGUUGAGAUAUCUGGCGCGUUGCUGCCAGAGUAUGCUACCCGGUUGAAGAGGGCGAUCUUGCAGGAACCGAGGGUGCGGGACGUGGUCAUGGCAAGCGUGGCUCCUAACAUUGAACCGGCAGUGCUUUGGAGGUGGCAGAUGAACUGGAAUGCGUAGAUGUAGGGGGGCUCAAUCAUGCAAAGAGCACCGAG